AUGAAAAUGUGCUUCUUCCACCUGAUGCCCUACCAGGGACUGCCCGAGAACUUUGAGAAAGAUUACCACAGUGUGUGGGUCGAUGUGCCCAAUUCGCUCUUUGACCCCAAACAGGGCCACCGCCUCUACGGCGAUUACCUCGACGAGCUGGAGUUCGCCGAGAAAAUGGGGUUUGAUGGAAUCUGCGUCAACGAGCAUCACGCCAACGCCUACGGCCUGAUGCCGUCUCCCAAUAUCAUGGCCUCGGCCAUGGCCCGCGGCACGUCCCACGCCGCCAUCGUGGUGCUGGGCAACAGCCUGGCACUCUACAACCCACCCAUCCGCGUGGCGGAGGAAUUCGCCAUGCUGGACUGCCUCAGUGGCGGGCGGCUCAUUGCAGGCUUCCCGUUGGGCACUGCGAUGGACACCAUAUUUGGCUACGGCCAGGUGCCCAUCACCCUGCGAGAGAAGUACCAGGAGGCCCACGACCUCGUGGUCAAGGCCUGGACCGAGCGGGAGCCGUUCUCAUUCAACGGCAAGUACAACCAGCAGCGUUAUGUAAACAUUGGCCCCGUCCCUACCAGCAGCCGCGCCCGCCCAUCUGGGUACCCGGCAGCGGCAGCCUGGAGACGCUACAAGGUGGGCAAGACAGUUCUGGACGGCUUCUGGGAGGAAAUGGACCGGCAGGGCAAGGAGUUCAACCCUUACCACGCCGGGUUCCUGCAACUGGUGGCGGUGUCCGAAACCGACGAGCAGGCCGAGGAAUACAAGGACUCCAUUGAGUACUUCUUCAAGAAGUGCCUGCACAUUCACUCUGGCUUCGGGAACCCGCCGGGCUACCGCUCGGUGCGCAGCAACAACUCGCAGGUGGCCAACUCCACUACCCAGUCGCGGGAAGACCAGAUCAAGGAGUUCACCUGGAAGGACUACUUGGAGGCAGGGAACGUCAUCGUCGGGGGGCCGGAGACCGUGAGGGAGCACCUGGCACAUGCCAUCAAGGAGCUUCGGGUCGGCAACCUGAUGCUGCUCCUCCAGUUUGGGGACAUGCCCAAGGAACUCGCGAUGAAGAACACCGAGCUGUUCGCCCGCGAGGUAAUGCCCUACGUCCGCGACAUCUGGUCUGAGUACGAAACCCGCUGGUGGCCGGAGGGUGUUUCCAACCCCAACGCGAUUGCGCCGGUGAUGGUGUAA